AUGUCUGGCCGAACGCUGUACCCUCCUUUUGCUCAGACCCAGGGUCUGUCGAGCUCUACCUUCAAGCGGCCUCCGAUGGAUGGCUCUCUCACGCUGCCUGAGUUGUAUGAAUGGCACGCAGAGCAUAGUCCGCAACAGCGCGUGUUCGUCUAUUCCAAGGACGACGGUACUGUACAGACUCUGUAUUGGUCCGAAACUGUUAGAGCCAUGCAUGUCGGUGCCCAGAAGAUAAGGACAUGUAUGGGUUGGAGGCCUGACAUGCAGGGACAUCCUGUAGUUGGCAUAUUGUCAUCAUCAGACAGUAUCCCGUACAUGAUUACCAUCAUGAGCAUCAUCCGCGCUGGCUACGUCGCUUUCCCCAUCUCACCUCGCAACUCUGCUACUGCCGUUGCACACCUCAUCAGCAAGGCGAACGUGCAGCAUGUUCUCGCGAGCAGCGAACAGGGAAUAACGGACCUAAUGCAGAGCGCGCUUGAAACUCUGAGUCAGAAGCCGAGCGUCCCACUUCCGCGUGUGUCGCCCAUGUUCGUCUUCGGGGACCUCUUCGCUGCGCUUGCGGAGGUCGACGACGUCCCGUAUGUGCCUCAUGGAUCCGAUACGCCAGCGCUGAUCAUGCAUUCAUCUGGAUCGACGGCGUUCCCGAAACCAAUAUCCUUCCCGCAUCGGCGCCUCCUCGGCGCCAGCAUCGUCCCCUAUUUUGGGGAACGCGACCUCGCAGACAAGGUGUUUUCGAUGCACGUUGUACCUAUGUUCCAUUCUACGGCGCUUGCUAUGAUGUCCUGGGUCGCGUCUUGCGGUAUUGUUUUGAGCGCGUUCGAGCCGAGAUCGCCAGCGCCCGUUCCGAAUCCUGACACACAUUUUCUGGCAGCGAAGGCGACUGAAAGUGAUAUAAUAUUCUCCGUUCCGUCGAUUAUAGAGGCUUGGUCGCGUAGACCAGAGUGUGUAGAAUGGCUGGCUAGCCGAGACGGUGCUAUUUUCGGGGGAGGUGCUUUGAACAAACAAGUCGGCGAUUACCUGACGUCGCAAGGCGUGUCUUUAUUCGUUCUCUAUGGAACCACAGAAAGUCAGCUUAUUACACCCAUCAUUCCAGCUGAGGUGGGAUAUGACUGGGACUACUUCCGAAUUGCACCCUUCCUCGAUGUCAAGUUGGAGCCGUUUGGCGACAAUACGUAUGAGCUCAUCGUGCUGGCGAACGGCUUCUGCUCGCUCGGUAUCAUCAAUACAAAGGUUGACGGUCGUGAUGCUUACAACACUUCGGACCUACUUGUCGAGCAUCCAACGAAACCCGGGCUUUGGAAGGUAUAUGGACGAAGCGACGAUCAAAUCAUGCAUAACACGGGGGAGAAGAGCAUGCUUAAUCAGGACCCGCACGUCCAAUCAUGCGUCAUGUUCGGCCGUGGCCACUUCCAAGCUGGAGUUAUUGUCGAUCCGAAGCCUGAAUUCAUGUUCGACCCCUCCGACCAAGACAAGCUUGCGGAGUACCGUAACUUGAUCUGGCCGACCGUGGAGAAGAUGAACGCCUUUGCUCCCCAGCACUCACGGCUCUUCAAGGAGAUGAUCAUUGUGGCGCACCCGUCGAAGCCGUUCACGUACACCGCGAAGGGCACAGCGCGUCGCCAAGCCGUGAUCAACGAUCACGAGGAGGAGAUCGAGAACUUAUAUCGCGUGGUUGAAGAGACGACCCAGUCAAGCAUCCCACCGCCUGAACAGUGGGACUUUAAGACUGUCACGGAUUUCGUACGUGCAGUUGUGGGAAAGGUCCUUGUGCGACCCGUGAAGGACGACGACGACCUCUUCGAACAUGGCUGUGACAGUCUGCAAGCUACCUGGAUCAAGAACUCGCUCCUCCGCGCCAUCAAGGAUUCUGCGCACCUGGACACGCGUGGCAUCAGGAACUUUGUCUACGAUCAUCCUUCAGUCUCUCGUCUCGCUGUCUACAUCUCAAACCUCGUCGCGGGACAGAAGCUCACUUGUCCGCAGACGUACACUUCGGGUGGGGAUGUCAUACUCGUGACGGGCACGACUGGCAGUCUGGGCUGCGCUCUGCUCGUAAGAUUGGCGGCGGAUAGUGGGGUUUCGAAAGUGUACGCCCUGAACAGGACAGCAAAGAACGGGGAGAGCCUUUUGAUCGACGUAGACCUUGACGAGGGUAAGGUGGUUCUUCUCGAGGGGGAUCUCAUCGCCCCGCGGUUCGGGAUCGAGCGCAGUAUCUAUAACGAGAUGAGAGAUUCCGUCACGCACAUCAUCCACAACGCAUGGCGCGUGGACUUCAAUCUUGCCCUAGCAUCGUUCGAGAACAAUGUGAAGGGAUUGCGCAGUCUUAUCGACUUCGCCUUGUCUUCUCCUUUCACUGACCCGCCGCGACUGAUAUUUGUCAGCAGCAUUGGUGUAUUUUCCAACAUUCCCAACGGCGAGGUGCAUACCGAAACGAGGAUCGCACCUGAAGUUGCUCUGGGUACCGGCUAUGGCGAGUCCAAGUGGGUCUCGGAAGAUGUCUUGCACCAUGCGAGUGAACGAACGCCCUUAACGACGGUCAUCGUCCGCGUGGGCCAGAUCUCUGGAGGUGUAGAUGGUGCCUGGAAUGCCACAGAGUGGUUCCCAGUACUCGUGCAAAGCGCGGAGAAGGUCAGGUGUUUCCCGGACGAUCACAGGGCGGUAGAUUGGAUCCAGCUCGACGUUGUCGCAGCUGCAGUUAGCGACUUUAGGAGGUGUCCGAUUCGGGCAUCCGACCUGCGGCAGGCAGGACAUACUGAUGCUGACGCCAACUCCCCCACGGGACUCCGAGGUCAAGCUCUGCGCACGCUGCCCGCUCUCCGACUCCUUUCAUGGUUCGAGUCAUUGCGUAAUGCGACCGGUGCUUUGGCAAUGGGCUUCCCCGCACUGGAAUCAAAGCAUGCCGUCGCUACAUCGUCAACAUUAGCGGAUCCUGAAUUAAGGCAACUAGACGAGGAGAUGUGA